AUUCCCAUCUAUAACAUUGACGGUAUGCUUAAUGCGAGUGGCUGCAUUACACACAAAUGUUCUUUUGUUGUUGAGUACCAAGGACAUAGAGAACGAGUCACUGCCAAAGCUACCCAACUAGGGAAUAUUAAUUUAAUCUUAGGCUGGACCUGGCUAUUUAAACACAAUCCUGAGAUCAACUGGCAGACAGGGGUUGUCACAUUGUCA